GUGACCGAGACGCUGAAACGGAAGUAAGGGCGGGCGUGCUCCUGGGGCGGGAUGGAGCAGCAGCAUCAGCAGCAGCUGAGAAAUUUGCGGGACUUCCUGUUGGUCUACAAUCGGAUGACGGAACUCUGCUUCCAGCGCUGCGUGCCCAGCCUGCACCACCGGGCCCUGGAUGCUGAGGAGGCUGGGAAGGGGAAGACAGGAGACGCACCUGACAGGCCACCUUUGGCCUCUGCCUCCACCCUGUCUUCCCUCCAGGAGGCCUGCCUGCACAGCUGUGCUGGGAAGCUGAUCCAUUCCAACCACCGCCUCAUGGCCGCCUAUGUGCAGCUCAUGCCUGCCCUGGUGCAGCGCCGCAUCGCAGACUACGAGGCUGCCUCCGCUGGGCCAGGGGCUGCUGCUGAACAGCCGGGAAGCUCGCCCACAGGCAGCUAGCCAUCCCAACCCAGGAAGGGAGGCACUGGAUGGACCCUCACAUUGAAGGAGCCAGUGGACCUUAGGCUGGGUGCAGCCCGUAUAGAGAGUGAGGAGUUGCCUGGAGCUGGGUACUGUUGCUCCUUUUUCUGGAGCUAAUAAACCCGCUUUCAUUCUGUUUGGUUUGUGUUCUGGGCGAAGAAGCUCUGCCCACUUGACUAGCACCAUCCUUUAUUUGUCCGUGCAUAUCUGCUGGCUUCAACCCUGACAGCAGGGAAAUUGCCUUCUAUGUGUAGAAGGAAAACCUCAGCAUUCAUUCCCCAGGCACCUGGUUAAACCGAGGUGUGUGGAUGCAAUUUUUUAAGGUUGGUAAUAGUAACAGGAAGGCUAGUCCUGGCUGGAUGACAGAGAAAAUAGGAGCUCCGUUUAGCUGUCAUUAAAUAAAGUCUGUCUGACUUUAAUGGCUCACUUGUGAGCUGGGUAUGCAUUCAUUCAUAA